UUUCUUCUUCUUUUAUCUCAUUCACACAAUUCAUCGAACACAUCGCAGGCGUCACCAACUCUUCACCAUCCUCCAGCAAUGGCUGCGGCUUCGUCCUCAUCCCUAUGCUCCACUGCUGCCAUCCUUCUCCAGCGCAACGGGGAUCUUGGUCUUGGCGGCAGUCUGCGUUUCCUCCCUCUCACUGCUGCCCCUAAGAAGGUUACUUUCAGAAGGAAGCUUCAAGCAAUAGUCAAGGCGUCAUCACGUGUUGAUGAAUUCUCAAAAACUGAUAUAAUUGUCUCUCCUUCCAUUCUAUCUGCCAAUUUUUCGAAGCUUGGAGAACAGGUAAAAGCAGUGGAAACAGCUGGAUGUGAUUGGAUUCAUGUCGAUGUGAUGGACGGGCGUUUUGUGCCAAAUAUCACCAUUGGACCUCUUGUUGUUGAUGCAUUGCGCCCUGUGACAGACCUACCAUUAGAUGUGCAUCUGAUGAUUGUAGAACCCGAGCAACGAGUUCCAGAUUUUAUAAAGGCUGGUGCAGAUAUUGUCAGUGUUCACUGUGAGCAAUCUUCCACCAUCCACCUUCACCGGACACUCAAUCAGAUUAAAGGUUUGGGAGCAAAAGCUGGAGUGGUUUUAAAUCCUGCAACCCCAUUGAGUGCCAUAGAAUAUGUGCUUGAUGUGGUUGAUUUGGUCUUGAUUAUGUCGGUCAAUCCUGGAUUUGGUGGGCAGAGUUUUAUCGAGAGCCAAGUGAAGAAAAUAUCAGAUUUGAGAAGAUUAUGUGUUGAAAAGGGAGUGAACCCAUGGAUUGAAGUCGAUGGUGGAGUGACGCCAUCAAAUGCCUAUAAGGUCAUUGAGGCUGGAGCCAAUGCUCUGGUUGCUGGUUCUGCAGUCUUUGGAGCCAAAGAUUAUUCAGAAGCGAUAAAAGGCAUAAAGACAAGCAAAAGGCCAGUAGCAGUUCCAGCUUGAAAAUUCCUUGUAAAAUAAUCAGUGUGCGAAAUUUUACCAGCCCAAUUCUGCUUCAGACUUCAGAGUAAUAUUCAGAAUAAGCCUCAAAAAUUGAUAUCGGCGUGUGACUCGGAAGAUCAAACCUUUGAUUUGGUGUUCAUGUAAAAUAAUGAUUUAUAUGGAAGAGAUUGUGCAAAUAAUUUGUUGCUUGCACUGAUAAGCAGGAACAUUAAUUUGUAUUUGUUUGUGGUUUAAUAUAUAGGGAAUUUGUCAAAUAAUCUGCUUGUUUUUACCAAAUUAUCAGGUAUUUGAUGUAUACCCAUGGUAUAUGUACAUUAUAUUUCUUUCUAAAAGGGAUAAAUGUGCAUUGUUUA